AUGUCCAUUUCGCAACAUUUAACAACUCUUUAUACAUUGAAAAUGAAGGCAGCCGAUACUCCAACAUUGUUACCAUUAAAUAGGUAUGCUCGGUCGGCUAUUAAAGAAUUAACCAACGAUUAUGACGAGGAAUUGUAUAAUGAUUUCAUGAACGCAUGGGGGACACAUAUUGCUGUUUCCACGGAAAUAGGAGGGAUGAAAGAACAACAAAUGAUAUUUAAAGACUGUAUUUUUCGUACAGCUAACAUCACCGAUGGUAUUCCAGAGGAAGAACUGUUAAAAAACUUGAAGCAAGAAUUGCUUGCGAAUCCACCGUGUCUAACUUAUUAUUAUGCUGUUCGCCGAAUGAAACCAGUUGAUCAUUUCAUUGGCGGUAAUAUGCUUGCCGUUAGUGAUACGGCUUUAUGGCAAAAAUCCAUUGUACAGGAUCCUGCUCUAUUGAGAGUGCUUCAGUAUGUACCGUGGUAUGAUGUUAUUGAAAAUCCGACGAAAAAAGAAAAUCUCCGUCAAGCAAUUAUAAAACGAUACAAUAGAACAAACGAAGAGCGAAUAGCACGUGCUUCAAAGGUGCGAGAACUACGAACUAAUUUAACAGUUCAAGCAAAACAUGUUGUCUAUCGAUUAUCGAACAAUAAUUUCUCAUUUGAAACAAGUGAUACGAUAACAUUAGCAGACUCAUAUCAAUGUCCGACAGGUUUGACUAAGGAAGAAUUGAUACAGUGGUGUAGGGUUGGUAAAACAAUUGAUGCAUGUUCGCUAGCUUGGAUAGAUUCAGUCUGGGUAUCAACUACAGAAGUU